AUGGUUUUUAUAGGAAAGGUGGUACCGAUCGUGUGUUGUGCAGUUUGGUUAAUAUUUAUGCAGCAGCAAGCAUUCGGAAUCGAUCAGGUGCAGCUGGAAAAGACCGCCCGGACAUUUCGCAAGGUUUGCCAACCGAAACAUAAAAUUUCUGAUGAUGUUGCCGACGACGUUAACCGCGGGAUCUUUGCGGAAACGAAGGAGUUCAAAUGCUACAUCAGCUGCCUGCUGGAGAUCAUGCAAGUGGUGCGCAAAGGAAAGGUAAACUAUGAGAAAUCGCUUCGGCAGAUAGACACCAUGUUGCCAGAGCAUAUGAAGCCAUCAUUUCGGGCCGGUUUGGAAGCGUGCAAAAGUGUCGCGCAAGGUGUUAAGGAUCACUGCGAAGCGGCUACCAUUCUUUUACAAUGUUUCUACAAAAACAACCCCAUGUUUAUAUUUCCAUAA